GGGGAGCAGUGCAGAGGAAGACAGGCAGCAUAAUUUAAAGCAGGCACUGGCCCAAAUAAGGCUAUUUCCCUGGAAAUGCCUCCGUUCUGGAGUUACGAGUGAGCCUCCAGGAGUCCCGAAUGGGCGAAGGCGAAGCUGAGGAGUAAUUCCAUCGGUCCCAGGACUGGAUCGGUUCUGAAGAGCUGGAUAUGCUUUUUAAAGGGAUGAUAAGCGGUGUUUGGGGAUGCGAGAAACCCUUGAAACAAGAACCAUGAAACUGUACAUCCUCCUCCUCCUGGCAGUGGUGAACACAGGGACCUCUCACUGUCAGCCCUCAGAGGGGCCAUCCUGUGAAAUGGCAAACUCUCAGGCAUUUUGCCACAACAGAGACCUCCACCAGAUCCCUCACGGGCUCCAUCCACGUGUAAACAAAAUAGAUCUGUCUGGAAACCUGAUUCAGAGCAUCCCUGAGACGUCGCUGUCACUCUACAGCUCCCUGCAGUGCCUGGAUCUGAGCUCCAACCAGAUCAGCUCCAUCACGCCCGGAGCCUUUGCACACUUGAAGAGCCUGCUGGAAAUAAAUUUAGCCAACAAUCACUUGUAUGAACUCGCUCAAAAUGGCACAGAGGGGAUUGGACUCUUGCCCAGGGUGGAAGUGCUGGACCUGUCCCACAACAGCCUGUACAAUGGGAUGGCUGAGCAUUUCAUCCAGAGGGCUCCAGCGCUGCGCUACCUGUCCCUGGCAGACAACAGCAUCAUAGUCAUAUCACACAGGAUGUUCCAGGGCUCUCCCAGCCUCGUGGAGAUAGAUCUUCAGAGUAAUAUCAUCAUGGAGAUACAAGAAGGUGCUUUUGAGACUCUAGUGAACCUUUCCAAACUCAAUCUCUCAAUGAAUUCAAUUACUUGCAUCUCUGAUUUCAACCUCAGGCAGCUGGAGAUACUUGACCUUAGCAGGAACAGCAUUGAGACCUUCUACACCACAAAGUCAGAUGAUGAAUAUAGCUUAAGAUGUUUGGAUCUGAGUGAAAACAAACUGCUCCACUUCCCAGUGUUCCCUCAGGUAAAUAAGCUGGUAACUCUGAAUUUAUCAAAGAAUUUAAUCCAGCUCACUGCUGAAUCCCCUCCUAAUAAAAUGGACUAUGUGGAAAACGAAUGGCUGGAUGCCUCUUUCCAUCUUCUCAAUCAGAAGCAAAGUAGAAACAAAAGUUCUCUUUAUUUAUCCCACCUUGUGUAUUUAGACUUAAGUUAUAAUGAAAUCCAAUCCAUUCCGGAUGAGUUCUUUGAAUCCAUGUUGUCCCUUCGCACCCUUAACCUCAGUAAAAACUGUCUUCAGGCAUUUGCAGUGACUUAUGACAGUGCAUUGACCUCCCUCACUGUCCUGGACUUGAGCUACAACGUCCUGCAGAACCUUCUCCUCGAUGCCGGUGUGUUGUCAAAUUUGAAGGAGCUCUACAUUCAAAACAACCACCUUCAAACCCUGCAGUUUGACAUCUUCUCAAGCCUUCCCAGCCUCAGGCUGCUCAAUCUGCAGAGCAACAACGUCAGCCUUUGCAGCAUGUACUCAGGAUUAGCUAAGCAAAGGCUUGCAGGGGAGGAAAGUGGCUGUGUGUCCUUUGUGGAUUCUCCUGCUCUUCAGUGCCUGUACCUGGCUGACAACAUGCUGAGCAUCCUCCCAGCAUACACCCUGUACAAGACUCCUCUGGUUGUCUUGGACCUCUCCCUGAACCCUGGGCUGAAAAUAGAACUGAAAGCAUUAUCAGGUCUGGAAAAGUCUCUGGAGUAUUUGUAUUUACAUGGUAACGGGCUGAUAGAUUUAAAUAUUGACUUGCCUUGUUUUAGUCACCUUAAACAUUUAAACCUCUCUGAAAAUCAGCUGAACUGGCUGCCAAAGUGGGGGAGUGACUCUCCACUGGAAGUUCUGGACCUACGGAACAAUAGGUUCAGCACAUUACAGAACAGCAAUAUUUUAGCAUUAGAAAACUCACUUAAGAACUUGUAUCUCACUGGGAACCCACUCAACUGCUGUGGGAACAUCUGGCUUUCAUCCAUGAUCCAGAACAAAAACGUCCAGAUCCCCAACGUGGAGCACUUGACGUGCCAGUACACCCAGAACUUCGGGUACCAGGAAGAGAUGCACGUCGGGAACAUCAGGCCAGAAGACUGUGAAAAAGAGGAUCUGAAGAAGAUCAACUUCCUCAUCAUAUUAACGUUUGUGUUGGUUCUGUCCGUGCUCGUCAUCGGCGUGGGGUCGUUCUUCUGCUUCCGCAGGCAGAACUUCAGCCCUCAGUUUAAAGCCAAAGGGCCACAAAGUGCCCUGAGGACUGAGAGGAUCAGGUGCUGCACCGACAGCGUGUAGAGAUGAAGGGUGAAAUUCUCGCCUUUGGUUUGUAACUGUGGAUUUGAAGAUGCUUUCGAAGUGCCCCUCGUAGUGGUCUCUCUGGGCUGCGGGGACUGGAGGGAGGAUUUGCCGUGUCUUGCAGGUCCACAGUUCAACUCAAAGAGGAGAAAUUCGGCCCUCGCCUGCAAUAUGUAUUUAACUGGGUUUAAUGUGAAGAAAUUCCUCUCUGGGGUGAACAUAUUUAAAUAGGAAGACCCUGGAGAAUGAAUUUCAACCAGCUGACAUUGGACUGACUGAAAUGUUUGCGUUUCUAAGGAAAAACUGUUGGGAACUCACUGCAUGCGGUUGCAUUUCAGUGCAGAAGAAUAAUAUAUCUGUUUUUAAAGGUCACAGGAGGUUAGACUGCAAAAAGGUGUUUUGAAGAUGCCAGUGUGAAAUAAGGCCUAGGGAACAUAGUCCUGGCCAUUAUUCAGACCAGAUGUCCACUGUCUUUCCAUAAAAAUAUACUGUUGUCUACAGGAUGGGCUGCAAGAAAUGUUAUGCAGCCCCUCAUUCUGGGAGGGGUUUAACAUGGCUAAGCUGUUCACUGCUGACACUGAUCAAUGUUAUGCCCUGCACUGACAGAAAAUUCACCCUUUUAAAGGGAACACGACAGCGAGCGGGAGCCCGACCUGCUCACAGGGUUCAGUGGCUUUGAAAAGGAGCCAAAUCAGGUUUUCUGUUAAUGCCAGGAACUGUACAUUCAGAAGAGAAACAGAGGUCAGACUGAAACCUGCCCAGGUAAAUAACUCAGAGUCAAAUUGCUGCUCCAUUUCUGUUUCUUCCAGCUGGUGAAUGUCAAAAUUAACACACUACAAAAAGGUGUAAAAUUUUAGUUUUUAAGCGGUUAUGUAAGAAGCUGGCUGGUGAUUUUCGUUGUGGAAUUUUGUACAAUAAAAACACCUUCGAA